GUGGCAUCUGUGUAGGGACCUACGUUGAGGCCCGGCGCGGAGACCUCUGAAGCCCCUCCCCCUCCCUCUCCCUCUCUCUGAUCCGCCAUUGUGGGAGCCGCAGCGUUUGGCCAUGCCGUCCCACAAAACCUUCCGGAUCAAGCGCUUCCUCGCCAAGAAGAUGAAGCAGAACCGGCCGAUCCCGCAGUGGAUCCGCAUGAAAACUGGCAACAAGAUCAGAUACAACUCCAAGAGGAGACACUGGAGGAGGACCAAGCUGGGCUUGUAAAAUCAUUCAUGCCAUUGGCACAACUUCAAGAGCUGUAACUCCCAAUUUAUAUCAUCUACCAAGAGCGGCAAUGGAAUUGCAAAUCUGACCAAGCUCUGGGGACAAAACUUUGUUUGUUUUAUUUUGUGGAAAAAUAAAAUUAUUGAAAUAUU